AUGAACGGUAUGAAGACGCUGAAGGCCUGCAAGGUCUGUGCCAGCGCCAAAGUAAGGUGUGAGAUCGAGAAGGGUGAUCGGAAAUGCAGGCGAUGCUUUCGACUCAAGAAAGAAUGUACUCUCCAGCCCCGGGGAAGUCAUAGUCGCAUGGGACGCACAACAGCAAGAUCUGUUUCUGACCGCACAGAAUCUUUGAUAGCAGAUUCUCUUCCAUCCCCACCCUCAUCCGCUCUUUCGUCAUCUUAUGCCCACACUUUGUCUUCUGUCCCGAAUAUUUCUGUCGAAUAUUCUCCUCUUUCAGCAUUUAAACAACUUAUCCCGCCAGACUCACGGGAAGCCAGUGGAUUAUUAGCUUUUUUCUGCUCAGAAAUGGCUCCUCUGUACCCCUUCACCCGACUUCCAUGGGGCAUAACCCCGCAAGAAUUACUGCUCGAGAAGCCCUUGUUAUACAUGGCCAUUCUGGGUGUUGCCUAUCAGAGCGAUACCCGGAGACAACAGACUCUCGCCAAGAUGUUUCGUGAAGAGAUCAGCCGCUCCAUUCUAAUUUGUGGAGAAAUGAACCUAGGAUUAUUGCAAGCUUUGUUGGUUUAUUCGGCAUGGAAUCAUGUUCACAUGCAGCUCAAGUCUCAACUGUCCAAUCUCCUCCCCUUGGCCAUGGUCAUGGUAACAGACCUCGAGCUAAGUAGGGAACCUCACACACGAUCAAAAACUUCACCCGCGGCCCUAAGAGAAGUAGGGCGGGCCCCCGCGGCCCCAAAUGCAAGAACUUUGGAGGAACGGCGUGCCUUCCUAGGGGUAUUCUGGCUGAGUUCAGUAACGAAGACAUGCGCGAAAGAAAUUGACGGAAUGAGAUUUAGCAGAUAUGCCGAUAAAUGCUGUCAUAUUCUGCAAGAGGCGACGGAGUACCCGACCGAUUCGUACCUUGUGCAUCUAGUCCGCAUUCAGCAAAUAGCUGAUACAAUUGGUGCAACAGUAUACAAUGAUAACCUCAUGGACUCAUCCACGCUAAAUGGGCCAGCAGCAACGCCCCUAGUUAUCUCAUCUUUAGAGAAGGAAGUCCAAGCAAUGGGUGAUAAAAUAAGCGAAAUGCGACAUCUCGUGAUCCCACCGGCAUCGAUGUUGAUGAUAUCUUACCACUCGAUGCAAGCCUACCUUUAUAAAAUUGCCUUGGAUGAUCGGCUAUUUUCAUCAUUAUCAGCAACGACCUCAGGAUGCCCAUGGGCAAGCAACACAGACGUACUGCCGUCUAACACGACUUCCACAAUCGCUCUCACAGUCCGCCGCACCGACCUGCUGGUCUCGUGCCUCUUCGCUAUCAAAUCCCUAGCGGACCACUUCUUGACGCUGACUGACAUGGUAAUAUUUUCGCUGCCAUACCCGACCUGGCUCCAGCUGGGGCACUGCAUCCUCAUCCUGACGCGUGUGAUGGAGAUCCGGCAUAACACAUGGGAUUUGGGGUAUGUGUCUCACCUGUUGGAUUUUCGAGAAGUGCUGAACAGGCUGGCACUGCGGUUGGAUAAAGUUAUUAGCCGGGGCAGGGAGGCCAGGCCAGCACAACAUUUACCACUAAUCUUUGAGGGGUUGGUAGAGAGGCUGGGGGAGAUUGGGAAGAUGAUUGGGGAAGGGCUGCAUGCCGUGGGGAGCGGGAACACUCGGAAUAGCAGUGCUCAUAACGACAUUGGCGAUGGGGAUGGGGAUGGAAAUGAGGAGUGGACUAGUGCGGGAGCGGUAGGGGAUGGUGCUGUACUUUGCGGAUAUGAGACUGGGAUGGUGUUUGAUGACGAGACAACGCAGGCAAUGCAUGACUUCUUCGGGGUUGGGGGGUGA